AUGGCUGCUGAGCUCACCUCCACGAAGCUCAACCCUGAGAGCCAUCUGAUCUUGGUAAUGAAGCCUCCAACGUCAUUGGGAAGCACCGAACUGAUCACAGGAUUUGUACAGGACCAACCACUCCUUCGACUGCCUCAAGAACUCGCCCGAAGGAAUUUCAAGACUGUACAACGAGCCGUCGAACGAGAAAAGGAAUAUGUUCUUCCUGCUCUCAAAGAGGCGGCGAAUGCUUCCUUAUCUAACGCCAAUACCCCCGACCAGACACUUGCGGCCCUCGAUGCCAUGAUCACCCGAAUGCAAGGCUUGAAGCGAAAAAUGGAAAGUCUACAGGAAGAAGAGCGACGGAUUCAGACCCAAUCCCGAAAACGCAUCCAGCACCUUGAGGCCAUGCACAAGAUACCGAGCUUGGCCGAUGUGAAGUACGAUCAAUGGUCUCGCGUGCGGCUAGAUCGAUUGUUGGUCGAUCAUAUGCUGCGGUCGGGGUACUCGGAGAGUGCGAAGCAGCUCGCAGAAGAACGUGAUAUCGAAGGCCUUGUAGAUCUGAGUGUGUUCACACAGUGUCAACGGGUUGUCGAGAGUCUCCGCCGAGGAGACACCAAAGAGGCGCUACAAUGGUGUGGGGAGAAUAAAGCGGCUUUAAAAAAGAGCAACCAUAACCUCGAAUUUGAGCUUAGGUUACAGCAGUACAUCGAGAUGGUUCGCACACAGGACCGAUCGAAGAAGUUGGAGGCUAUCUUGCAUGCCAGAAAAUACUUGACACUUAACCACGCGUCCCAGAAUAGUGAAGUCAUGCGAGCAGCAGGACUGCUUGUCUUUAACCAGGACACUCGGGCUGAGCCAUAUAAGACGUUAUUUUCCCAAAACAGAUGGAAGUUCCUUGCCGACCUCUUCGUGGAGACUCAUCAUGAGCUUCUUUCACUUCCCUCGCAACCCCUCCUGCACAUUGCCCUUUCUGCCGGGUUAUCGGCGCUCAAGACGCCCUUGUGCCACUCCGCUUACACGUCAUCCAGUUCGAACUCACAGUCUACCAUUACAUCUGUAUGUCCGAUCUGUUCUACAGAACUGAAUGAUCUUGCCCGUAAAAUGCCAUAUGCACACCAUUCCAAGAGCUACGUGGAAGGCGAUGCAAUUGUGCUACCCAACGGUCGAGUCUAUGGAAAGGCUCGACUGUUAGGGAUUAGCAAGAACCUUGGAGUUGUCGAGACAGGCAAGGUCAAAGACCCAACAACGGGCGAGGUCUUUGACGAAAGUGAGAUGAAGAAAGUGUAUAUUUUGUAA